UCUUUCUUUUCUUAUUUGGGUGAUGAACAAAACAAAUUGACAUCCACAAGCAGCUAUAAAUAUUUCUGCAAUUUGAUUUGAAGCAUUUUUAUUAAGAUGGAGGACAAAGUGGUGCUUUUGGAUUAUUGGCCAAGCUCUUAUGGGAUGAGAGUGAGGAUCGCUUUGGCUGAGAAAGGGAUCAAAUAUGAGGCCAGGGAGGAGAACUUGGCAGACAAAAGCCCUCUGCUUCUAGAGAUGAACCCAGUUCACAAGAUGAUCCCUGUUUUGAUUCACAAUGGAAAACCCAUUUCUGAAUCCCUCAUCCUUCUCCAGUACAUUGAUGAGGUUUGGCAUCACACAUCUCCCUUGCUCCCCUCUGACCCUUAUCAAAGAUCCCAAGCAAGGUUUUCGGCUGACUAUAUUGACAAAAAGAUAUACAGCCUGGGCAAGAGAGUGUGGAAGGAAAAGGGGGAAAAGCAAGAGGCAACAAAGAAGGAAUUCCUAGAAGGUUUGAGAACCAUAGAAGGUGAGCUUGGAGACAAGCCUUAUUUUGGUGGAGAAGACUUUGGGUUUGUGGAUGUGGUGCUUGUUCCCCUCACCAGCUGGUUUUAUUCCUUUGAGAUCUGUGGGAAUUUCAGCAUAGAGGCUGAAUGUCCCAAGCUUGUUGCUUGGGCCAGAAGGUGCAUGGAGAGGGACAGUGUGUCCAAGUCACUUCCUCACCCUCAGAAAAUCUAUGCUUUUGUCUUGGAACUCAAGCAGAAAUAUGGGUUGUGAGUUACAGAUACCAAUCAAUCAGAAUAAGAAUUUGUCUCACACAGAAGAUUGGGUUUGUUUGUUCAAAGAUAUACAGUCUCUAUGCCUCAUAAUGUUGUUUUUAUAAUUCAAUUCAAGCAUGUUUUCUAUCAACAUAGAAAUUGUGAAUAUUGAGGGAAAAGAAAUAUAAAAAAACCAGCCCAAAAAGUUCAAGUAUUGGGCCCUGAGGGCCAACGAACAUCAAAUGUAACCCGAGGGCAGUCUCGUUAAUUCACAGGAAACACCCGUGGUGUUUUCGUAAUUUUGGGACCCUCAAGUGCGCAGAAACCCUAACUGACUGGCCUCUCCAAAUCACCUAUAAAUACCGGAUGAAGAGCGACCCAUUCAUUGCGGCUGAGCCGAGCGUAGUUCUUUGAUUUUGUGAUUCUUUUAUUUUCUGUGUUCAAUAUCUGAUUGAAUCUCUGGAGAGCCUCGUUCUGAUUUUGAUUUUGAUUUUUUUUAUAAUUUUCGUGGUGUUUGGUGUUUGGUGUUUGAUUUACUGUUUAAAUAUUGGAUCCGUGCACAAUAAGCCGAUGCUCUGGAUGAAAAAGUAAUGAAGGAAGCAUGGUGAUGUGCACGGAAAUUGAACAACUCUGGGUCCGCAUGUCUGCUCUCUCUGAUUCUCUCUGAUUUGAGGGCCUGGUUACGACCCACAUGAU